CUCCACUCUACUCUACUCUACUUUACUCUACUCUACUUUACUCAAACAAACAACCUCUCUCUCUAUACUCAAAUCAAAUCAAAUCAAACCAAAUCAAAUCAAUAUGUCAGCCCCCUCAAAGACCGAUGCCAAGAAGGACCAGCUCAUUGGUGAUGCUAAGGAUACCGUCGGUACCAUGGUUGGUAAUGAAUCUCUCCAGGCCAAGGGUCAAGCACAGCACAACGAAGGUGUUGUCCAGGAAACAGCGGCCAAUAUCUCGGGAUUUGUCCAAGGCUUGUCAGAUCAGGUCCAAGGAACUGUGACUGGUGCCUAUAAUGCUUUGACCGGAAACACCACUGGUGAAGUGACCUCAAAGGCCGAAAAGAAGUCUGGUGAAGCCCAAAAGGCUGUCAACUCUUAAGCCAUGUUGCUUCGCUUAAUUGUACAAUAAUCUGUGAAUAAUAUUAAUACCUUUUGUACUCAAGUGUAACCGUCUUUUAUAUAUAUCUUUUCAAGCACAAUAAAGUUUCGCUCUUGUAACCAAUACUAAAGAACAGCUAUCAUUU